AUGGGAGACGCUCAGUCUGCGGUACUGAAGGAUGCAGCGGCGGCGGAGGAGAGCGGAGAGGUGGAGGAUGCUCAGGCUGAGCACAACACCGAAGACAAGCCCCUCAAAAACAAUGGGCAGAUCUCUGAGAUCGAUCCAAAAGCAGACAGCUCUAAAGCAGAAUUCAAUGGUCAUUGUGAGGAUGAGAUCACUGCAGAGGCUGUCCUUUCACCAGACGAAGAUGUUUCACAAACAGAUUCACCUAUUGAAGUUGAAGCUAAUGAAGAUGUACCCCUAGAAAUGACUGAACUGGAUGCAAAGCAGAAUGACAUCAAUGAAAGUUUUAGGAGAUUUUUCAGUAACAUUGGUUUGAAAUUGACAGUAAAGAGGGUCUCAGGUGAAAUCCCAACAGAUGUGCCCAAUGAUACUAACAAAGAAGAACCAGACAAACCAGAAGACCUUGAGGAUACCACAAAGGAGACAACAAGUGAGAAUGCUGAACAGAAUACCGAUAUGAACAUAGCACAGGAGACGUAUGAUAAUGAUUCAACAACAUGCCCAACCCUGACAGACGUUACCUCGGAGGACGUUCUUGACAAUGCAGAGGAGAAAGCAACAGAAACAAAAGUAGAGGUUGAAUCUGAUAAUGCAGAUGCAGCGAUGACUUCACCUGUAGGAGAAGAUGCACACCAGGAUGCCACAACUGAAGAAGAACCAUGUUCUACAUCUCCUUCUAUUCCUGAAGAAGUAUCUCCAAUUAAAAGAUUUUUUACGACUGGAAUCUUUUCUGGACUACGGAAGAAAAAGAAGCCUGCAGAGGAUGAGAUAACUGACAAAGAAAUAGAAGAUAUAGGCGAAAAGCAGGUCGUAGAGAAGACAGAACAAACUGUACAAGACCAACAACAGGAUAAAGAGGACAUUAGUCUCGGUGUUGAGGCAGCUGCAGUUGAGACGGAACAUGAGGAAAAUGAACUAAAAGGGGAGACCCUGUCUGCAGCUCAGACGAUGGAUGCAUCCACGGAUCCAUCAACCAUUAUUGUCACUGAGCCUGAAGUUCUGAGUUCUCAAGAGAAGGACAAAAUUCAAGCAAGUCCUCUGAAAAGGCUGCUGUCGGGGUCUAGUUUAAAGAAGCUAUCCAAAAAGCAAAGAGGCAGGAAAUCAAGUGAUGCAAAGUUGUCAGACUCUGGAGAACACGUUUCAGAUCAGCGCCUAUCAUCUACUGAGUCAGUUGAGAAUCAGAAAGAAGAAGGUCGUGCACAACCCCCUACAGAGACAGCAGAGGAGGAGGAUAGUGCAUGGGUUUCCUUCAAAAGACUAUUGACUCCGAAAAAGCGCAUUAAGAAAUCCUCCUUAAGUAAUGAAGAGACACAAAUCCCAGGUUCAGUGGAAGAACCAAAACCAAGCGAAAGAGGGCAAAUAUCAGAUCACAGCACAGAAGAGGGCAAAAAACGAAAAGACUCAUCUGUUUCAUGGGAAUCUGUUUUGUGUAGAUCAGGAAGGAGAAGAAGCCGAAAAACGUCAGACUCUGAGGAAGAAACUCCACAAAUUGAUAAUGAUAUAAACAAGCAAGACGGUGGAUCUAAACAUGCUACAGAAUCUGCCCAAGAAAAUGAGGAUGAUGAAAUUUUAGCCUAUUCCCCCAAACAAGCAGGAAGUCCUUCGGAGGGGGAUGGAGCGUCAACAUGGAAAUCACUGAAAAGACUUGUCACCCCUAAAAGAAAAGCCAAGGAUGACGAUGAAAGCAAAGAAAAUGUACAAUCUGAUAGUGAAAUUACUCAAGAUGAGUCCUCCUUUUCAAUAAAGAAACUCCUACCAGGACGAAAAACGAGGAAGUCUGCCGAAAAGCAAGACCAAGUAUCUUCAGAUGAGGCUGAUAAGGAAGCAGUUUCGGGCGAUGAAGACUCUGACACACCAGCUGUGGUUCCGUUGUCUGAGUUUGAUACAGUUGAGACAGAGGUUCAGAUACAAACACAGGCAGAAGUAGAAAGUCAUAUACCAAAGGAAGCAGACUUUGAACUCCAGCAAGACCUCCUUGAUCAGAUGGCCGAACCAGUCCUACCUUGUGACAAUCUGCAAACUGAAGAAAAGAAAGUCCAAGGCAAUGAUGAUGCUUUAGAGAAUCAGGCAACUACAACCCCUGCUACGAAUGAAAAACCUGAUGAUCUUACAGAAUCAAUCGGUAAACCACAACUCAGUGACAUUCCAGAGGAGGCCACUCCAGCUUCAGUCACCGAGGAGGCAGCUAGAGAUGACACCAUAGCAGAGGACCUGAUAGAGAUCACAUCUGAGGCCAUUACAGCUCAAGAACCUUCAGACAAUACGCUGGCAGAUGAAACUGAGAUGAUCUCUGCAGUUUCCCAGUUAACUUCAGAGUCUUCAAAGACGUCCGGCAACACAACACCGGUUCCAGCAGAAUAUGUUGUUGAGGAAACAGAUGUGCUUCUGUAUCAGGUUGUCGAGACCAUCUCCAUGAACCAAGAGGCAGUUCCAAGACUACAUCCGAAGUUCCUACUGAGGAGUUUGACACGGCUGAAACCGCUGAAGAUGAAGUACAAGAGGUUGACGUUACACAUCCAGAAGUUAGCUUAA